AUGGGUGUUGUGGGGUGGUCCUGGGCUGCAUCAGGAGCUAUGCUCUUCUGGAUGUUUCUUGGUUCCCUGGCUUUGGUUCUGGGGGCUAUGUCAAUGGUUUUUUCUGAUCCUACCCUGCUGACUUGUGGCCAAAAAAGCUUUCAACUCACCUUACCACCAGGCUCGGAAGGGAAUGCUUCAUUUGUGCUGACUACAUGGGAUACUGAAGGGAAGGCACAUGUUCUGCAGAAUGUCUCUGGCUGUGGGCUCUUGGCAUCUGGGACUCCAGAACCUCUGAAUUCACAUGAGGGGGGUAUCAGAGUGGUGGUUUUUUAUUUGCCUGGUUUGGAACUUUCCUUUCCCACCAGGUUACGUGUCCAAUGUACUUAUUCCAUCAGUGGGAGCUCCAUUCCCUUGAGUGUUCAGGUCUUCACGUUGCCACCGCUCCCUGCUGUGUCCCAGCCAGGUCCUCUGUCUUUGGAGCUGCGUGUUGCCUCAGAUGGAAGCUGUACUUCCUACUAUACGGACAGUGACUAUCCUGUUGUGAAGACUCUCAGAGACCAUGUUUAUGCAGAGGUCAAGAUCCUUCAGGGAACAGACCCAGACCUGAUUUUAGUUCUGCACCACUGCUGGGCCACCCCAAGCCCCAACCCCCAGCAACAGCAGCAGUGGCCAAUUUUUGGUGGAUGGUGCCCUUAUGCAGGGGACAACUAUCAGACACAGCUGAUGCCUCCCGGUUUCACCUCAGGACUACUGUUGCCCUCUCAUUACCAGUGUUUCACUCUCUACACAUUCACCUUUGUGGACUCCAAUUCCCAUGAGAAACUCUCUGGGCUGUACUGUGUGCGCUGCCUGUCUGUGGAAGCAAAGUCCAGCAAGGGCACCUAA